AGACGGUCCCAACCUUCACUGAUCUGCUGCCUCACUCCCGACCGCCCCACUUUGCUGCAGCUCCUCAAGCACCCUCCCCCCCCCCCCCCCAGCCACCGACCCCACGGCUGUCGUCGACCUUCCCGCUCCACGGCCCGGGGGGGGGGGGGGGCGGCUGGUGGAACAAUGAUGUGGUGGGGCUGCCCGAUCCUGGGGCCUCUUUUAAUAUCCGCCCCUUGUUUUUGUUUCGGGUGUGCGAGCUGUGUUCUUUUACCAGAACAGAAGUGGUGGAUGUGGGAGGCGGCGGCGGCGGCGCGCAUCCUCCGGAGCCGCGCCGAGCUGAGCUGAGCCGAGCCGAGCCGAGCCUGCUGGAGUUUGGCAUGUGUGGAAAUUGUGUAGGAAGUUGUGUAAAUCGGAGGUUGCUCGGGUCAAAGGCCACCGGUGUUUGGUGAUGUAUUAAAACUUUGUCCGGCUGGCCCGGGAAGACUAAAAGUGCGGCGGUGGCGGCGGCGAGGGAAGUGAAACCAAGCGCAAAGAUCAAGGCGGCACGAUGGCGACGAAGGCCCGUGUUUUAUACAACUUUGUAGCUGAACCUGGAAAUGACGAACUGACAGUCAACGAAGGAGAGAUCAUCACCAUUGCCAAUCGGAAUGUAGGUGGUGGAUGGUGUGAAGCAACAAAUGCUCAGGGAGUGACAGGACUUGUUCCAACAGACUAUGUGGAGAUGAUUUCAGGAAGUGGAACUAGUGUUUCAUUGGGGCCCAGUGGAACAGCACAAAGUCAAGCAAAUAACUUUGCAGCGUUUGAUCCCUUCUCAACAUCUCAAACUGGCUUUAGUAGUGGUGCAGGAUUCGGAAGUUCAUUCACCCCACAAAAUAACAGUCAGACACAGAACAUCGCUGAUCCAUGGUCCAACUGGAAUGCAAGCUCCGCUGGGAACUGGAGCGCAGAUAACAGUGGAAAUGCCUGGAAUGCGUGGCCGACAAACACGGAGAGUUCAAAUGCACAGAAAAGUAGCACUGCAGACAAUGGAGGUACAGCUGGCUAUGGUCAUCCACAGGCUUACCAAGGUCCAGGUGUUGCAGAUGAUGAUGAGUGGGAUGAUGACUGGGAUGAGGCCAAGGUAUCUCCAAAUAUUCUUCCACGGACCGAAACUGAGUCGCCGGAGACGGCUUUGGCGCGUGGAGGUCCUCGUAAUGCUUCAGUGAAGAUGUCACUCAAUAGAUUUCCAACAUUUUCCAAACAUGGGCCUGAAGUCUAUCUACUUUCAAAGCAACCAUUAAAAACUGAUGAGAAGAUCACAAUUUAUAAAGGUGAAGUUGGUCCUGUUUGGGAAUAUCCUACAUCCUCGCUGAGCUGUGUAGUUGCUGAUCCAAAAAAGGGAUCUAAGCUGUACGGAUUGAAGAGUUACAUUGAGUAUCAAGUAACCCCCAAUAACACUAACCGAUCAGUCAACCACAGAUAUAAACAUUUUGACUGGUUAUAUGAACGUCUACUGAUCAAGUUUGGUUCUGCUAUUCCCAUUCCUUCGCUUCCAGACAAGCAAGUUACAGGGCGGUUUGAAGAGGAAUUCAUCAAGAUGCGAAUGGAGAGAUUGCAGGGUUGGAUGAAUAGAAUGUGUCACCAUCCCAUUGUUUCAAACAGUGAGGUCUUCCAGCUCUUCAUCACUUACCGAGAUGAAAAGGAAUGGAAAUUAGGCAAGCGAAAAACCGAAAAGGAUGAUGUUGUUGGUGUCAUGAUCUUUUCAACAGUGGAGCCACCAGCCGAGGACAUUGGCCUAUUGGAUGCGGAACAAAAGGUUGAAUUAUUUAGUAAAUUCACGAAGGCUAUGGAUGAUGGAGUCAAGGAUCUUCUCAAUGUGGGACAGGAGCAUUGGAAGAGGUGUACAGGGGCACUGCCUAAGGAGUAUCAGAAGAUAGGAAAAGCUCUGCAGAACCUUUCACAGGUCUUCACAACCAGUGGUUAUGAAGGUGAAUCCAUUCUGACAGAUCCUCUAACUGAAGCAGGAAAGACCUAUGAAGAAAUUGCCAACCUCUUUGCAGAACAGCCCAAAAAAGACCUUCAUUAUUUGAUGGAAACCAACCAGGAAUACAAGGGAUUAUUGGGAUGUUUCCCUGAUAUCAUUGGUGUACACAAGAGUGCUAUAGAAAAAGCCAAAGAGGGUGACAAGUUGGUUGCCUUAAAUAAGAUAACAGCGCAGGAAAAGAACACCAUGGUGAAUCGUAUUGGCACCAUGUCUUACACAUUACAAGCCGAGAUGAAUCACUUCCACAGUAAUCGGAUUUAUGAUUACAAUUCUGUAAUGCAACACUACUUACAGCAACAAGUCCAGUUUUAUGAGACGAUUGCAGCAAAGCUGAAGCAAGCAUUGGGCCAUUUUACAGUACAACAGUAAACUCUGAAACGCAUUUAGCCUUAAUUGACCAGUUGGUGGAGGAAACCCAUGCUCUGAAGUGUGUUUAUGAAGGAAAAGCACAAGAAAGACAUCUCAAGUUCAGGUUUUGUUUGAGAUAAUAUUAAGCAUGCAAAACAGCUGUUUGGACCAUAUCAGUUAUUUUUCUGUUGCUGCAAGAUUGUUUUAUCACUCUGUCCGAGCAUAAACUUGGUGAACUUUUUGUUACUUUAUGCAUUAUUCUUUGUCUCUUUCUUGUUCCUUUUCGUGGCAUAUGCAGAGUUGCAAUUUUGAUCAGCAGUGGCAUCGUAUCAGCUUAGGAAUUAUUGUUGAUAUCAUGGUGCCAUGGUAGCUGCUACUACCUAUGUAAAUCAUUGUUGCAGCUUACUUUGGUUACUAAAUGGGCCACAGGAAGAAGAAAUGCUGCAUUAUAGGGGAGUUUAUGACAUUGGCAGCAAUAACAAUGGAACUAAAGGAUUGAUUUUGUUCUCUGAGCAAGUACUUUUCAGAAGGCAUUGUUGUAAUUUAAAUUUGCUUUUCUAUUGUGUUUAGUGCAAUUAAUAAAAUUUCAUGUCAGUGAUGCAUUCUAUAAAUAAAGUGGGCAAGAACAAGAUUGAUCUUAAAACCAAGUUGAGCAGAUAUCAAAGUGAAAGUCAUUUCAGAAAGGAUUCCCAAAUGCCAGUAGAUGUGAUUACACUGUGAGUAGAAGUGGGGACUCUUGGAGGGAGAAAACUCUUGAUGUGCAGAAACUUUUUAUUGCUCGUUAAAUUGAAUUUUCAAUUCAUACAAAGAUAACAAGAAUGUAUCAAACCUUGGAAAAUGAGUCUUAAACAUUCCUGGCUAUGAAUUUUGCCAUUUAUUCUUGACCAAAUUUUACUUGGUACGUGACUUUUUGUUCUGUCCCCUUUCAGCGAUAGCAUUAGUAGAAUGGUGUCAAAGGUUACACCCUGAGGUGCCACUCUGAAAAGCUUUAUAGAUGUAGUUGGUUUGCAAUUUGGUAUUUGUAAUGACGUGUAUGUCAGAUUUUUGUUUUGCAAUAAUCACAAUCUUUGACUACUUCAUCAUUAUUAUUAUUAUUGCCUAAGCUACCAAACUAUCAAAAGAAAUUGCUUUUUGAAGAAUUACGUGUUAACAAAAUUAUAGCAAAAUGAUUGCUGUUUUCAACUGGUUACCAGUUCUUUUUGGAAUCCAGCCCCAAAGUUCAGGGCUGACAGGAACUUCAUUUAGUUGCAAAAAAUUUGAAAGCCAUUCUGAAUAGAGCUAUUGCAUUACCUAUAGCCAUGCUUAAAUUUAUAAUGACUGUACAAAGAUAUCUGUAACUACACAGACAUUUAUGAAUCUAAGAGGACUAUAAGAGCAUGUUUGCACCAAAGAUAACUAUUUAAUUUUGUAUUGACAUUAUUUUUGGAUGAUAAACUAAUAAAUAUUCUAUGCCUAUACAUUUUUGAUAUUUGGGUUUGUCCUGUUCAAGUGCCAAUUUGGAGGAAAUUAAAUUUGAAAUGUAGAAAAUGUUUUGUAAUAUGGGACAAAAGAACACAUCUUUACAUUGUAAGCAAUGAAGAAAAUUCUGUGAAUAAGAUAGUUAACCAGAGAUUUUUUUUUUAGAAAUGGAAAUAUUUGCACUUUUGUGUUUUGCAUUCUAUGUUCAGUGUGGUGAGUGAAAAUUGGACUAAAAUACAAAUCAUAAAUUAUUGAGAUGUAUUAACUUCACAUGACACUUGUUACAAGAUACUACAUUAUCGGUGUGCUUACUGUAUACAAAGUAUAUACUGUAAAUGUAACUCAUCUUUCUGUUAAGUCCAAUGUACAAAAAUGUCUUGUCGAAAUUAAAUAUCAGGUUUAUCUUAAUCCUGUUAUAGUACAGAACCUCUGCGAUGAAAGUUCAUAAUCUGGAAUGCUCUAACAUCCAAUUCAGAGAACAGUAAAUCUCACCAAGCUUUACUUCUGAAUACUGAAAUUCUAUGACGAAGUGACUAUCGUAUUGCAGAUGAGGGAACUCUGGGAGGCCAAAUGGAAUGCAGGUGGGAACACACCAUUUUGUCUGAUAAAUGAUUGAGCACGAGGAAGAGCUAAGCAAUCCAAGUGGUUUUGUUACUUUUUAAUUGUAAUUUACAUUGAUAUUUUACAGUUCUCAAUGAACUUGAGCUUAAAAUCAGUUUGUAUAAAAUGAAGAAAAAGUCUUUCUAUAAAAGCACUGUUUUGACAUUUACAUAAUAGUUGUGAUACUAGUGCCUGAGGUAUCUUACCAUCACAAUGAUAGGAUAUGAUGGGGAUGCAGUGCUUAAGUUGGUGGACAAAUCACCAUUCUGUAGAAAUAAUCUGGAAUUUGUAUUUCAAAUGAACAAACAAAUCUGCUGGAAACUAAACGAUUGUUAUAAAACUCCAGCUGAUGCACAUGUGUCCAUCUGCCCUUACUUGGCCUGACCUCUUUGUGGCACCAGACCCACCAAUGUUGGUUGACUUUUAAUUGCCCUCUGAAAUGUAAGCUACUCAGGUGUGUCAUAGCUGCUGAGUUUAAAAAAAAUUAAACUGGAUAGACCAUGUGGCAUUGAUGUAGGCACAAAACUUCUGACCCAGAAAGUUGCUCACAUCUCAGUAGACCUUGCAAAGUCCUUAUUAUGAAUAUUUCAGAACUGGUGUCUAAACUGGAAGGGCUAUCCCACAGACAAGUUAAGCUAACAACAAGUAUGUUAUGGUCUUGCUUCACAGCUCCUGCUACCCAGGUCCAAUUCUGACUAAUGCAACUUUUUGUUUGGAGUUUGCAUGUUCUACCUGUGAACAUGUGGGUGCUUCGAUUUCCUCCUACAGUACAAAAAUGUGUGGAUUUGGUAGGUUAAUUAGCCACUGUAAAUUUGCCCUAGUAGAUGAGUGAUAGAAUCUGGAGGGGAGUUGAUGGGAACGUGGCAAGGAUAAAAUGGGCUUGUGUAGGAUUAGUUUAAAAAGAAAUGGGUGCUUGAUGGUCGGUGCAGACUCAGUGGGCCUAUUUCCAUGCUUUAGUGCUCUAUGACUCCAUAACAAUCUGACAGUCAUCUCCUAGAAUUGUAUCUUUAAAAAAUCAUGCCAAGUGACUCCCAUCUUAUUUCCCAAUUUAUACAUCCUAACACAAGUAAGAUACCUCGGGGAAGACCAGAAUCAGAAUUAUUAUCACUGAUGUAUGACAUGAAAUUUGUUGUUUUGUGGCAACAGUACAGUGUAAAGACACAAAAUCUAUAAAUUACAAAAAUAAAUAGUGCAAAAAAAAAAGAAUAACGAGGCAAUAUUCAUGGAUUGUUCAGAAAUCUGAUGGCGAAGGGAAGAAGCUGUUCCUGGAUCACUGAGUUUGGGUCUUUGGGCUCCUGUACCACCUCCUGAUGGAAGUAACGGGAAGAGGGUGUGUCCCAGAUGGCAAGGGUCCUUAUUGAUAGAUGCUGCCUUCUUGAGACACUGCCUCUUGAAUAUGUCCUCGAUGGCGGGGAGGGUUGUGUCAGUGAUGGAGCUGGCUGAGUCUGUAACCCUCUGCAGCCUCUUGUAGUCCUGUGCAUUGGAGCCUCCAUACCAGGCUAUGAUGCAACCAGUCAGGAUGCUCUCCGUCGUACAUCUAUAGAAAUUUGUAAGAGCCUUUGGUGACAUACCAAAUCUUCUCAACCUCCUAACGAAGACCCACCAGAGUGACAGGAUAAUGGUAAUCAGGCAGGAGAAAGUAGAUCUGGAAGACCUCAAUGCCGAUUGUUGACUCCAUGAAAUCCUAUGGCAUCAGGUGAAACAUGCGCAAGAAGUUCUGCUCCUGAUUACUGCCUACUGUUCUCCCUCAGUUGACCAUCAGUGCUGGUUUUGUUCUGUGAAAGCUUGGUCAAUGUGUUGGAGCGUGUUCUCUUAUGGAACUGUACUCUAACUUCAGUUGGCAUCUUCAAGAAAGGGCUGAUAUGUAAAACAAUACCAAUGUGAAUAAUUCUCUAACUAAAACCUCUCACACUAUUAAAAACUUUUCCUCAAAAGAAAUUACCGUAUAGGGGAUCUGUACAGAAACUAAAGUAUUGCACUUUGGAAGGAAGAAUGAUGAUGAGCAUAAAUUUUUGGAUAACAUUUUAAAGGGGGGGGGGGGGAAUGUCAGAUCAGAGGCAUCUUUGGGUUCAUUGGCAGUUUCUUUUUGAGGGUGUCAGGACAAGUCAGUAAGGCUCUUCACAGUCAGAAGAAAAUGGCAUCAUGGCAGACAUACGUAUGUCAAUAUCUGGGCCUCAGUUUUGAGCACCACACUUUGGGAAGAAGGGUCACAGCCUUGAUACAGAGGACUUUUUUUUUCCCGAAUGAAGAGAAAAUUUACCAAACAUUAGAACAGAAUUAACAACAGAAAGGGUUAUGGUGAUUGGGAAGGGGGAUUAAUCAGUAACUUCCUCUUGCCAAAUGAACUCCAUUGAUCAGGUCAGAUGUAGGUCUGUUCUUCCUCCUACUGUGGAAGAGAAUGAAGAACACUAGGGAGGGGGAGGGAACAGGAGUCCUUCACAGAUUCUGCAGUUGGGAACAACUGAAGGGAGUGCUGUAGAUUACCAAUGUUAUUUUUCUCUGGCUACCGGAGAUAAGUUGGUGAUCUUGCAGAUAUCUGGUUACAGAAUAUUGGAUACCCAUGUCAUAACACUUUGACCAUUUCAGCAGCGAGUCAAAUAUAUCUGAAUAAGUUUAAGCAUUUUAAACUUUCCUGCAAAAAUUCACAUCUUUUCUCUUCUCCAGAUUUUAGCAUGUAUCGAAACAGUUGGUAGAGCUUGUGGAUAAUGAAUCAUUUUGCUGGGUGCUCCUUUCCAGAGCAUUUUUUUUCCAAUGUGCUAACACGUUCUUUGGAUUGUACAUUUUGACCUGUUUCCAACUGGUUAUUCACAUUUCACAAGUUAGCAAGCAUAGACAACAGUGUUAGGCAACUGUGGAGAGUCUAUUGAGGGCUGGCCUCCAUGCUCUGCUCAGUCUGAUAAACAUUGUCUGCUUCACUACCCAUCCAGAAAAGGAUUAUCUUUGAAAAGCAGCAGAAAUAUAUCAGAGUUGUUUAGUCAAUGAAGUUUAUUUGUGUCCACUUGUGAACUCUAGAUACCAGCAUGUCUUGAUGUUUAAUGGUGAUGGCAGACUUUGGCUUUGGUCUUGCAACGCUCAAAACCCUCUCCUGCAAAGUAGUAGUAUGGAAGUCUGACUAGCCUAUUAGAGGAGUGAUGGCAAAAGUGAAUGUGGAAAUGAAAAUUCCAUUCAAAGCUCUCCCAUUUCUCACUUGUUGCUCCUCCAUUUUCAGUCAGUUGCCAGCAUAGUGUCUCCUCUCCUGAUGGUUGGCUGUUCCUGUGAGUGGUGGAUGCCAGGUAGUUAUGGACUCCUAAGUGCAGAAGAGGUCCAAAGAGAGCAUCACACCACUGUUGUGGUAGCCCUUGGAGCAUCAUGCCUGUACCCCUGCUGUAGGUACAAGGACUGCACCACUGAAUAGAAAUGAGUUCUGAAGUUGAGUAUAGCUUUGCAUAUGCAUGUAUGAGAAAAUGUUGUACUAAAUUUCCAUACUUGAAUAUAAUGACAUUUUUAUUAUUUUGCUCUACUUACCAAUUUGCUUUUCCUUAGUUGCUUUAACUUGCUGUUAACCAGAGAGACUUGAAUUAAUUGGGACUGGUGUGGAGAUACCAGGAGCAUGGAUCGUAGGUGAUCAAAAACACAAAAUGCUGGAAAAAUUCAGUAGGUUAGGCAGCCUAUGUGGAAAAGAGAAACAAUGUUUCAGGUCUGGGCCCCUUCAUCGCAGAUUGUGGGUCACUUUUGUACCUGUCGCUCCUCCCUCUCAUUUCCCUCCCACUCCUUUGCCCCAUUCUGUUCCUUGCCUCUGGAUAGUUGACCCUUCCCUGAACACCACACACACACACACACACUCACACACACACACUCACACUCUCUCGCUACCCUCUCCUCCCAGCUGUUGCUGCUUUUUUUGCUUCUGCUUCUUGCUCCUACUCUCCAUUCCUGUUCUCCAAACCCUCAUUUCUCCUUUCCCUUCUGAUAUCCCUUCUUCCCUCUUGCUGGCAUUCUCUCUGCUCUCCCUCACUGUUGAUUUUGCUCUUCAACUGUUUUCUCUAUUUUCUGCCAUGCCAUUCCCUCAAAGCUACAUGUUGCUCAUCUUUGCUUCUGCUGCUCCAUUUUUCUGCUGUUUUAGAGGUACUGAAGGCUGUGUAUUUUUACUUCUCCCUUCAUCUGUAGUACGAUGCUACAAAGAUGGAAAGUUUUUUUUGAGAAUGGAGAAAAUAACAGUUUGAAACUCUGGGUCACACAGUGCUGAGGUUGCAAAAGGUCUGGUUCAGCACAAGUUCAGGAAAAGAGGUGGAAUUACUAACUAAUUAACAGAGUUUGAGGUGCACACCAGGCCACAACAACAGUACUUCAAAGAAAAUAGAAACUAAAACCAAGGUCUUUAGUAGUCAUCACAAAUUCCAUUCCCUUGGCACUGAUGUCAUCCCUUUUCCUGUCAACUGUCUGAAACUGUUUGGGACUUCAGUGGCAUGUUUGAUUGGAAGCUGAAUUUAGGUGUGGUGCAAACACACAGUCUAAUUUUGCAUAUAUCCAGCUUUGUAAUGUCACCUGCCUCCAUCCCCUGCCUCAACACAUCUUACUCUUCAAACAUGCCUUUGUUAGCUUGAGGUGUGUCUUCUACUGGAAUCAUGGGGAGUGUUUUCUCAUUAAACUACACUUAAAUAUGGAGAAAAUGAAGUUAAAUUAGUAUUUAGAGGCCUGAACUAUUGAUUAGUAAAGAUAACUUUAAUCCCAUUUUGACAACUGGGGAAUUUAAAAUCAACUAAUUAGAUAAUUCUGGAUUUAAAACAAAACUAGUAUUGUUAAUAAUGACCAUGAAAAUUCCAACUUGUUGUAGAAUUGAGCUGGAAUUUUCAUGGUCAUUAUUAACAUGGUUUACCAGUCUCCGGCUCUCAAUUGUCUUUUGCAAAGUCCAACAAGCAUUUUGAGCAGUUUGCGUUGGACAUGAUCUUUGUCAAGAACCAUCCCCUACACUUGCGUGAUGCAUGACUCUCUGCUGUCUGGACUGUUUCCAGGAUACACACUGUGACAAGCAUUAACUAUUGCUGGAAGGGUACUAACUUCGUGAAAUAACUUUGUUUUGACAAAUUAAGUAGCCUUCCAGUGCAAGAAGCUUUUAAUGACUGAAUGCUACAGACUUUUACAUUCCACGGCCAUAGCAAAGGCUGUGAAUUGACCUUGAGGUCCUUUGAUAAAAGAAGAUGGGGAACUAUCCACAGAAUCUGCUGAACAGAUUAUCAAACUCAUUUGGCGGAAAGGCUCAUCAGCAAUCACUAAAACCAUGGUGGUAAGAAGAUCCCUCCUGCUUAAAUUCUUCAGGCACAAGCCAGAGUCUCAAUGGCACUAUAGGCUGCAGUGGGGAUGAGACUGUCAUCCAUUUCUUUCUGGAUUGAGCACUUGCCAAGGAGACCUGGAAGGGAAUGGAACAUGUAAAAACUCAUUGGAAUUUGUCUCUGGAAUUAAUGUGGAAGGUUGAUGUCUUACUGAUUUAAUGCAAACAGAAUGAUAUGUCUUGUGUUGGAAUGGUGACAUAAUUGCAUGAUAUUAUGUCUUUGCAAAUGUUAAGAAUAAAGUAUGUUUUUUAAAAA